ACGUCUCUCGAACCCACAAAACCCCAGUGGCCGGGAAGGCGACCACCCUGGAAUGUAGGGACGAAGAAACCCCCCUCGGAGGAAAUCCUAAUGCUCGUCUUCUCUCGCCUUACUACCUCGACCUCGUCGACCUCCUUCGCAACCCUAAGAAGGAUGCCUCCUUUCUUGCCGAGAUGGCCGACAUCCUCCGAAGCGCUCCCGCCGCCGCCUUGCAGCCCUCUCUCGAUUAUACCUCGUUCCCUUUUCUCCUUUUGCUGGAUGCCGCGGUGCAGUGUUGAGAAGAAGGCUGACUCGGAUGGGGGUUUUGGGAAUGGCGGUGCCUCAUUAGGUGGGCAUGGGAGCAGUGAUUCUGUGGCAGAAGGGAUGCUAAUGUGCCUAGAAGAACUUUUAAAGAAAUGCCAUCUUGGGUCUGUGAAUCAGAUGGUUGUGGUGCUGAAGAAAAUUACCACUGGAGCUAUGCUUUCACAUUCUGUGGCAUCGGAAGAAUUUCGUUAAGGAAUAAUAAGAUGCUUUAGGGUGUUGCUUCUCAAUUUACAACCUUGCUCUGUUAGUUCGUGUUCAUGCAAACAAAGGGUUAUCAUGCCUACAUCCAAAUCUAUUGAUGGUGCUUUUGUGCAUCAUAAUACUCUCUCAAGGGAUUGUGUAGAAUCACUAGAAUGUUUGCUAGCAUUUCUCCAAUCUCAAAAUGCUUCAGCUGCAGUAGGGCAUUGGCUAUCACUUCUUCUCCAAGCUGCUGAACUUGAGGCACUGAGAGGCCACCGUGGAAGUGCAAAUCUCCGGAAAGAGGCAUUUCUGACCCUUCGAGUCCUUGUUGCCAAGGUUGGUACUGCUGAUGCACUUGCCUUCUUUCUACUGGGCGUUGUAAGACGUUUUGCAAAGGCAUUAUAUGUAUCAAAAAAUAUGAUUAGUGGUGCUGCUGGAAGCUCUGUAGCCAUCGAGCAGGCUAUUUGUGGUUUGAUUGAGUUCUUGAUUAUUGUUUUAGAUGAUAAGGCAAAUCUUCACUCCCUUGAGAUGCCUGUAAAUGAUAUUGGAUCACUUUCACCCAUGGAAAAUAAAUCUACCCAAUCUGUCCUAGAGGCUCUUCGUAGUUUACCUUUAAAUGGUCAUGUUCAGUCAGCAAAUAUGACUGGAGAUUCGUUUAAUCAAGCUAUCAACGAUGAUCAUAAACGAAAGAUAGUUGAUCAUAGCAAUGGCAAAAGAAAUUUAUUCGUACAUCGUUCCAAGGAGUGGAUUGAUGAAACUUCUUCUAAUGUUGAUAAAUUAAUGUCUGCUGCAUUUCCACAUCUUUGUAUUCAUUCUGCAGAAAAGGUCAGAAAAGCACUUGUAGAUGGCAUACAGGGGCUUCUGUUGAAUUGCAGAUGCACUUUGCAAAGAAGCAAAUUAAUUCUUUUGGAGUGUUUGUGUGUGCUGGUUUGUGACGAUGCAGAUGUUGUGUCCAUGGUAGCACAGGAAUCCCUCGAAUCUUUAUUUGUUUUGGGUGGGAAAUUUAUAACCAAAAAUGAAAUUUCUGAUAUAUUUACCAGCCUCAUCAAAGUGCUUCCAUGUGUGGUUCUUGGAAGUGAUGAGACAAUUGCUUUGUCACAUGCUCAGAAACUACUUUCUCUAGUCUAUUAUGCAGGUCCGGACCUUUUAGUAAAUUACCUUCAGUCUCCUAUGCGAGCUGUAUCCUCAGAGUUAGAGGUCCUUGGUAGGCAUCAACACCCAAAUUUAACUAUUCCAUUUCUAAAGGCUGUGGGUGAAAUUGCAAAGGCAUCACAAACUGAAGCAUCUUCUUUGCCAGAUCAGACAGAAAUAUUUAGUGCACACGUCAGCUCCAAGAUUCUUAUAAUGCAAAAAUGGAUUAAUGAGAAUCAUGUGGAUAGUAGCUCCUUCUCCAUGUGUACCGAAUCCCAGGCUUUAGAAAUUGGAUCUGUCAAUUUUGAUGAUGUUAGUCUUCACUUGGAAUAUUGGGAGGAAUUAUUGUUUAAGUUUAAUGAGAUGAAAAGAUACAGAAGAAUUGUUGGAUCUCUUGUUGGAUCAUGCUUAAAAGCUGCAUCACCACUUGUUUCUUCACAGAAAGAAUCAGCUUGUCUGGUGUCUCUGGACAUUUAUUGAGGAUGUUUCUGUAUCUCUUGCAAAAGUGGAGGAAGCUUAUAAGCACGAGAAACAAACCAAAGCAGCAAUCUGGGAAGCAGUUCAGUUGCUAUCACUAAAUUAUCUGAAAGAUGGGAUGGAGGCUGCAGAUGAGGAAGCUGACGAGAACAGAGUGCUUCCAGCAAUGAACAUAAUCUGGCCUUAUUUGAUUCUUUGCCUUAAAAAUAAGGUUUCAGUGGUUGUGAUCAGGAAAUGCUUGAAUAUGCUGCAUAAAGCAGUUCAAAUUGGUGGCGGGGACUUUUUUGUUCACCGGUUUCAGAAUGAUGGGCAUACUAUAUGGAAGUUGCUUACUUCAUCCCCAUUUCGAAGGAAACCAAUGCUAUCAAAUGAGGAAAGAAUUCUUCUCCCUUACCGAAGUAAUUCUAUCACUUCAGAAGAACCUAUGGCUGAAGUCUCCAGCCAAAAAAUCCAGGCAGCAGUAUUGGACAUGAUUACCAUGAUAUGUUCAGACAAGAGGACUAGUUCAGCAUUACAGACAGUCCUGAAGAAGGUUAGUGGUAUUGUCGUAGGUAUUGCUUGCAGUAGCAUGGCAGGUCUCAAAGAUGCAUCUCUAAGGGCAUUAUCAGGACUUGCUUGCAUUGAUUCAGACCUUACCUGGCUUCUGCUUGCCGACGUCUACUAUUCCCUGAAUAGAAGGGAUGUUAUCCUUCCACCAUGCCGAGAUCUGGCUGGGAUUUCUGAGCUGCUUCCUGCCGCAUCAUCCAAAAAGGAAUAUUUGUUUGUGAAUUAUGCAGGAGAAGAUUUAGGCCUUGAGAUAGAUCCUUCAUCCGUGGAGGUAGUAUUUAGAAAGAUGGAAUCAGAAGUUCUUUUAUGAUAAUAUUUGUACAGUCGGAUCUGUAUCAUGUUGAAUGUACUCUGUAAAUUUGUGGGAGAUGUUAAAAAUCAUUGAGAAUGUAAAAGGGCAUUAGAUGUCACUUUGCACAUGGUAGUUAUAAGAUUAUGUUACAUGCGGAGGCUUUUAGUGCACGUUUCCCAAAUGUUCGAGGCAAUGUUUUCAAAAGGCAUUUUCCUUUUCUAGCAAGGUCUCCAAGAUGCAUCGCUAAUGGCAUUAUCAGGACUUGCUUGCAUUGAUUCAGACCUUACCUGGCUUCUGUUUGCCAACGUCUACUAUUCCCUGAAUAGAAGGGAUAUUAUCCUUCCACCAUGCCGAGAUCUGGCGGGGAUUUCUGAGCUGCUUCCUGCCGCAUGAUCCAAAAAGGAAUAUUUGUUUGUGAAUUGUGCAGGAGAAGAUUUAGGCCUUGAAAUAGAUCCUUCAUCCGUGGAGGUAGUAUUUACAAAGAUGGAAUCAGAAGUUCUUUUAUGAUAACAUUUGUACAGUCAUCUGUAUCAUGUUGAAUGUACUCUGUAAAUUUGUGGGAGAUGUUAAGAAUCAUUGAGACUGUAAAAGGGCAUUAGAUGUCACUUUGCACAUGGUAGUUAUAAGAUUAUGUUACAUGCGAGGCUUUUAGUGCACGUUUCCCAAAUGUUCGAGGCAAUGUUUUCAAAGGGCAUUUUCCUUUUCUAGCAAGGCAAGUUUGGGUAACUUUUCUUCAGUGAGAUAAUUUCUUAUAUAUUCUGUCUCGUGGUGUUAAAUGAUUUCAUUUGUAUGAUGUUCAUGAAACUCUGAAAUCUACUCAAAUGUUUGGUUAUCAUACCAUUAAUAUUGUGUGA